AUGGCAGCAAUAUCAAGCUUUUCAAAUGGUUUUUGGAGUAAAGAUUAUGCCACAGGUAUCAACACGCUGUUUGAGCGAUUGAGUCUCGGUACACAAGAAAAUGAACAAGUCAAAUCAUUAGUUAAACUAUAUAAACAAGCAAAUGAAGAUUUCGGAGAAAGAUUACAAGAAAUCACCAAAGAAUGCAUGAAGAAUGGCAACAAAGAAGGAACAAACGAAGAUUGCACAUCGUCAAACAAAGCAUUCGAGGGCUUACGAAGCGAAAUUGAAACCCAAGGAAAACAGCAUGUUAGAAUUUCAAACGACCUUCAAUCUUUGGUGUUGAGACCACUUUCAAAGAUGUCUGUUGACCAUGUACAAAAAUUGCAAACAAGCCAAUACGUGUUGACAAACCAUGUGAAAGAUUAUGAAAAAAAAUACCAUUACAUGAAGAAGUCAAAGAGCACGUACUACAAUAGAUGUCGUGAUGUAGAGGAUCUUGAAGAAGAAGCCAAAAGAGAAGAAGAACAAGAAGGGUCGUCUGACCUCAAAACGUCCAAUAAUCAAUAUUCGAGUGGUUCUUCCGGUUUUUAUGACAAUUCCGAAUCCUCAGGACAACUUGAACCCGUUCAACUUGGGUUUAUGGAGUUCAAGCCUGAUGAACUUCAGAAAGUCAUGUCUCAAAUAUUGGAGGAACUUCCUCUUCAAGACAAACGAGUCCCUAUCUUAGGAACGUAUCAAAAUACCUGCUCAGGAAAUAUCAUUGUUUCCUGGCUCCAGGAAAACCUUCCGGUUCCCACAUUAGUAGCCGCCGAAGCGUUUGGUCAGGAUCUGAUUGCUGAAGGAUUUUUGCGUCAAAUAGGUCAAAUUGGCGUAGGUGGUACAUUUGUCAACAGCACAAACUUUUACUACCAAUGGAAGGAGAAAGCUUUUCAAAUAGCCGGACUAGACAGUCAUGAUGCUCUUGUUGAAAAUGCUAAAUCUUUACCUUUUCUCGGUGAAUACCUUUCCGACUACAUCCAAUAUAGAAAGCAAUAUGCGAUGGAAUCACCUUUGCAGCGUGUGCAGAGAGAAGCUCUAGAUACGAACACGUUGUACAGGGAAGCUGUUUAUGAUUUAGACAAAUGCCGAACACUUUUAGAGGAAAAUGUUGUUGAUCACUUACAAUUUUUACAAAAAUGUGAAAUUGAACGAGUACAAUUUUUCAAGAAUACCUUUAUGGAUAUGUCCACGAUAAUAUCCAAUUUCUUACCCUCAAUGAAGUUGCUGGCCGACCAAAUUAUUGUGUAUCAGGAAAUCAUUCAACCUGACAGUGAUAUCCGUUAUAUCCUUGAAUCAUCAGCCACUGGGCCUUUCUUGCCUCAUGUCGAAGUUUACGAAGAUUAUUAUAAUGAUAUAAAGGAUCAAGUCUUCGGUAUUGACAUGGAGUUCCUUUGCCAUCGUGAUAAAAAACGUGUUCCUAUAGUUGUUAGCACCAUUCUUUCUUUCCUUGACCAAUUGUAUCCUACCCUUCCUUCGGAUAAAGUUCGACAACAACUGUGGCUAGUCAACUCUCCUUUAUCUUCUAUACAUCAAUUAAGAGAGGCUUUGAAUCAUGCCCCAAAUAUAUCAAAAGAUAUUUUGGUACAAUACUCUCCUACAGUCGUUGUGGGCACACUGAAGCUUUUUCUUUUAGAACUUCCAGAUUCAAUUAUUCCUUCAUCUGCUUUUGAGUUAAUUCGUUCUAUUUAUGCCAACCAUGGUAACGAUGAAGUUUAUCGGGUCCGUUUGUUACAAAAUCUUCUUUCUCAACUUCGUAGAGUCAAUUUGGCUACUUUGAGCGCUGUAAUUACUCAUUUGCAUCGGUUAAUUUCCUUAACGACUAAGGACACUAAUUUUGUCGGUAACUUGGCUAACUCUCUCUGUAUGUGUAUUUCCAGACCAACAUUCUGGAGUUUAUCAAUCCAACAUGAUAAACAUCCCUCACGAUUUUUAGAAGAUCUUUUGACUCACGGCCCUACGUUGUUUGAAGAAUUGAGAAAACUAAGCGCAGCCAAGCGAGCUUCUGACCGAGGCCCUUCCACGCUUAUUGCAAAUGACAAGCAAUCAGUAUCUAGAAAAGCCUCAGUUUCUUCUUCUGCUUCUGCACCUACAUCUGCACCAUAUGCUUCUCCCAGAUCAUCUUUAGACGAAGUUCGUCCUUCUGUCAGUGAAGCCGAAUUUACAAUGGAUAAUGUUCCUUCUACACUUAUUCGUAGUUCUUAUGCCUCGAACGCAAGAAGGGGUAAAAGAAAUGUCAGUCAAGCUUCGCAAGUCAGUGAUGCUAGUGAACUUGACGAGCAAGAGUUUAAAGAUCCGAGUACAGACGAUACCGAAAGAGGUGAAGUAUGGCAGUCUUUCGGAAACCAAGAAUAA